AUGACGGUCCCCGCCCCGACGAUCGGCACGCACAACGGCACCUUCCACUGCGACGAGGCCCUUGCGUGCCACAUGCUCCGCGUCCUGCCGCGCUUCUCCGCGUCGCGCAUCGUGCGCACGCGCGACCCGGCCACGCUCUCCACGCUGGACGUCCUCGUCGACGUGGGCGCCGUGUACGACCCCGCGGCCCUGCGCUUCGACCACCACCAGCGCACCUUCUCCGCCACGCUGUGCCCCGCCCCGCCGCGCAACCGCACCAAGCUCUCCUCGGCCGGCCUGGUGUACAAGCACUUUGGCCGCGACGUCAUCACCCACGUCCUGCGCGCCGCGGGCGACCCCGCCCCCGCGGACCACCACCUGGACCGCCUCUUCGACAAGGACGCCAACUUCAUGGCCGCCGUCCGCCUCGCCGGCGCCGAGUUUGACGACUGCGUGCUGCGCGUCGCCCGCUCGUGGCUCCCCGCACGCGCCAUCGUCGCCGCCGCCAUGGACGCCCGCGCGCCUCAUCAUCCGUCCGGUAGCAUCCUCGUCAUGCGCGAGUGGGCCCCGUGGAAGGAGCACCUGUUCGACCUCGAGCGCGAGGCCGAUCAAGUCGGAGACGUCCUGUACGUCGUGUACAAGGAUAUGACAGGCGACACGUGGAGGUUGCAGUGCGUGCCUGUCGAGGGUGCCGCCUUUGAGUCGAGGAAGAAGCUUCCCGAGCCGUGGAGAGGCCUCCGCGAUGACCAGCUCUCGCAGCUCACGGGCAUCCCCAAGUGCGUUUUCGUACACGCGGCAGGGUUUAUUGGCGGGAAUCUCGAGUUUGACGGCGCUAUGGAGAUGGCUAGAAGAGCGAUCGAGAUGCCGUAA